AGGAGGGGCAUAACAUGUUAUCACCCUCUGAGUGGGUAUAAGUAGGAUGUCCUGGCAGGAGAGUGAACACAAAGCACCUGUUGCUGUUCUCCAGCCUCAACUGCAAAGACUCUCGCCUACACCUCUUGGAGCGUGUAAACUGACUGCUGCUUCUUUGACACGCAUCAGGACUUCAGACACGAGAUGAUGAUGGCUUCAUUUAUGUGCAAGACACUGACUUUGUUCAUCAUCUGCAUGGCUCUGCAUGAGGGUUGUGGACUCCCCUUAUCAGACCGGGCAGAGCUGCCAGCUCAGGCUCCGCAACCACAUCGCGUCAGGACCAAACGCUGCUCCUGUAACAACUGGGAUGAUAAAGAAUGCAUCUACUUCUGCCACUUGGAUAUUAUCUGGGUCAACACACCAAGUAAACUCCUUCCUUAUGGCCUUGGAAGUCCCCUGAGUCGGCGCCGCCGUUCAACUGACCGUUGCGAAUGCCGCAACCCAGCCGACAAAACCUGCUCCGGAUUCUGCCACAAAAGCUCAGAGAAUCCAACAACAAAUAUCGUGGACUCAUCUGUAAAAUCUGCAAGCACAAACAGCAACAAAUUGCUGGAAUCUUUCAGAUCGUUGGUCAAGUCCAACAUUGCGUUUGCAAAAGUUAUUCUGUCAUCAAAUGAGAGCCCAGGUGGGGUCAACAGAUUGAAAAGCAGAACAAGGAGAUAAAAGACUGAGCGAACACCAGAAGAGAUUGAACUUCCAUCGAUCGAAGACUCCUCGAGCUGCCUUCAGUGCUCAGUACUCAGGUUAUGAAACAUGUCGAGAGUCUUACCAACUCUGGGGAAAACAAAAGAGGCAGCGGAUCAAGCAUUUGAUCAGCAAAACAAAGCUUUGGAUGACUGGCAGCUAUCCAACAGAGAAGCCCUACAGAAGGACAGGCUCUACAAUGUUGGGUGGAGAUUUUUAGAGACAUUUUGAGCUUAAAAACAUUCUCCACAUGCCAAGGAAGGAUCGAUUAAAGAACAUGGAAACUGUUUUCCAGCCUUUUGACUAAUCUCAUCAAGAAAGACUUAUCAGUCACUGAUUCGUUGUUCUUUACUGUCUAAGAACAAAGCAGACCUUUGACUCAUCUCAAUGGACAGAUCCAGGAUUGUAGGAACUUUAUUGCAGAGUCAGAUCAACUCUGUAUUUAGUUAUGAAUUGUUUGUUAAAUGCCUUGCAAACAAUUGUGCCAUUGCUGACCUUUUGGUUGAAUUUCCUCUGUAUCAGAGCUGGAAUCUGCUGUCCUGCCUAAUAUUUAGGGUUUAGGGGUUUAGGGUUUUUAAUUAUCAGGCAGUGCUUCAAAAUGGCAGCUUGUUCACCUUUGGCACACAUUGCCUCAUCGUGAAAUGAAGGUCAUCUUUUUGGGAAUUAUCUAACAAACAAUUAGCUUUACACAAGGUCCAUUGUCAGGUCCUCUACACACGCACAUAUGCAGUAUACUUUCUCCUAGCAAAACAACUACAGUAGGUCCAUUGUGUUGGCUCCCAGUGUUUAUUGCAUAGCUCCUAUUUAAUGUUUUGAUUGAAGAUAAGCCAGAAGGUUUCAAUGACGUUCAGCUUGCCAAAAAAUGCAACAAUUGUUUUUCUCCCCUGACAAAUGUUCACUUAACUCCUCUGUAAUUAGCCACUGGGAAAUUAUAACUCUCAACUGCACUUUUUCUCUGCCCUGUGUGAUUGUAGUCAACUCGUGGACACAUAAAACUUCGUUGUAGUUUAAAAUACUCUUCCUCACAUAUCUCAAUGCUGUAAAUGAUGGAUAGUUUACCAGCUUACAAGUUUACCGUCAAAAGCUGAAUGAUGGCAAUUAUUGUAAAUGGAACAAUUUAUUUAUUUAUUCUCUAACUUAUUCAGAGAUGUAUUUAUAUUUGUAUGAAUGAUGCACUGAAUCGUGUAUGGCAAAAUAAAAAAUGC